CAAUUCUACAAUUGUAUUGUAAACUUGAAAGCUCCAUUUUAACAUUUGUAAGAGUUUUUUUUUGAUUCAGGGGUUUGUAAUUGUAAUGAAUUCCAAUUGAUCGCUGCACUACUACUUUUUAGUUUGAAAUUAAUAACAAUUGAUCCACGCUUUUUCAAAGAAAAAAACGGUAAUGCAUAUUCAAUAUUGAGUAAAAAUUUGAAGAUAUAUGGGUGCAGGGUGCUUGUUGAAGGAGAUUUAGAAACAUAGGUGUGUUUCAAUAUUUCAAUAAAUGGAAAAUAGUGAGAUUGAAAUGAUACAAGCGAACCACGACAUAACUUACAAAGUGGAAGAACCAAUAACUGGUGAUGCUGAUCAAGAGCUUUGUGUUAAUGUUGUGAUGUUUAUUAAAAAUAUUUUAGAACAAGUGCCUCAAGUUAAUCCAAAAAUCUGCAUCUAUCGAAUUUCCAAAGAGGUACGCGAGUUGAAUGAUAGAGCGUAUGCUCCUCAAUUCAUUUCCAUAGGCCCUUUUCAUUAUCACACUCGACAGGAUUUGAUAGCCAAUGAAUACUAUAAGUAUCAAGGUUUUAAUAACUUUCUACGUCGUAUAAGUAUUAAUAAUGAGCAGAUUGAAUCAAUGGAAGGAAGUCAGGUUAAAAUUAAUACAGUAAAGUUUCUUGUGGAAAAAUGUCAUGGGUUAAUGAAAGAAGCUUGGAAUUGCUACGCAGAUCAAAUAAAUAUGAUGGAGGAAGAGUUUGUUGGAAUGAUGCUUGUGGAUGCUUGUUUCAUAGUCGAGUUUCUUAUACUGCUUCGUGGCCGUGUAUCCAAUAUACAAAGAAUAAUAUCAAAAAUAGAUUCUAAAUUCUACCAAGGAGCACUAUACGAAAUACUUGGUGACUUGAUAAAGUUGGAAAAUCAAGUUCCUUUUUUUCUUCUUCAAAGUCUAUUUGACCUGAUAACAAAGGAUGAUUUACCCUUGGUUGGGACUCAUGAGAGAGCCUCCUUGAUGGAUCUUACAUGCUUUGCUUUUAAGAUUUUUGUUGUGGCGGGGUAUCAUCUUAAUUAUAUGUAUGAUAAAACGACACCAAAGCACUUGGUUGAUUUCUCUAGUAUCUUUUUCAUGUCGGCACCCACUUAUGUUGAAGACAACCAUAAAUAUGUGCACACUAAAGAUCGGUGGUGCAUUUCUCCAUCCGUAACUACGCUCUGGGAGGCUGGUGUCACCAUCAAACCAAGUUACGUAGAAUCAUGUUUGACGAGCAUAAGCUUCGAAAACGGGGUUUUGAAUAUCCCACAUAUAAAUAUGGGAAAAACCUUCGAAAUUAUGAUACGAAACCUUAUAGCAUUUGAUCAUUACCCUGCAGGAAAUAAGAACAUGUAUGCAGUCGAAUAUGUGUCAUUUCUACAUGAUUUGAUGAAGGAAGAGCAAGAUGUACAUUUACUUGUGAAGGUUGGAGUCAUAGUCAACAGUGUUGGUGGCGGUGAUAAAUACAUUUUAGACUUCUUUAACAAUCUCUCUAGAUAUAACAUGGUCUCACCUUUUUCCCAAUUUGGUGAAAUCGCUGAAACUUUACAUGUAUAUUGCAAUAGACGGAGGAACAGGGCAAAACGUUAUUGGAAUAAGGCGAAAGUUACAUUGAGACAUGACUAUUUCACUACACCAUGGACUACUAUCUCUGUCAUUGCUGCAACUUUCCUCAUUCUUCUCACCCUCCUUCAAACCAUAUUCUCUGCUAUAUCGGCAUUUCCUGGCUAG